CCUCGUCCAUCUCCUUGAUUAUUAAAAUCAAUCAUGGUUUGCGCCGUCGAGGGCUCAACGAACGGCUGACAUAAGAAUUACAUGCCUACUAUAUCAUAGUCCUUUUCAACAUGUCUCUACCGUUCCCCAACAUCUACCAUCUGCGGACUGUUGCCGAGGCUUCUUCAAAAGCAUGCUAUAUCUGCUACAAGCCAUCUGUCAAGGUGCUCAUAACACCAGACAAUAAGGACUUUUUCUACAUCUGCCCAUCUCACCUCAGCGAUAGAGGAUUCGCCUCCGCUAUCGUCGAUGCCGAGGCUGAGGCUGCAAAGAAGAAGAAAGAAGCCAUGGAAAAAGAAAUCGAGAAGAUAAAACAGGAGUAUGAAGAAAGACAGACAAAGAAGAAAGCAAAGAAAAAGUCCAAAGCCGAUGACAAAGACAAGAAGAAGGAUGAGGAGGACGACGACAAGGCUGAAAAGGACAGGGAUGACAAGAUCAAAGCCGUUCAGGCCAGUGCCAAUGCCGGUCAGAAAGCUGAAGAUAUUCCCCGCCUUUAUGCAUUGCACAAGAAUUUCUAUCAAAUGAGAAUCGACCGAGUUCGAAACAUGGAGAUCGCAAAGAGAAACCAACAACGAAUGAAAGACCCAACUCUGUUUCCUGCAGCGCCCAAAGGAGACAUUGCUUGACAGCUCACCUUCGCAACUCUUACCAUUUUAGCACGGAAUCACAUGGCCCGUCACGAAACGAUAGGCCAUGAUGUUCGACUCUUCGACAAAUCCGCCGUCGAUAUUCUCUUACAUCUACGAGUGGUGUCUGUGGAGAGCCGUCGAAUCAUAGGCGCAUCACAGUUCGGUUAUGCUACAACCCCGGACACUCUGCGAAAAUCGAUCGUAACCAGUCACCAUUCGUACCGAGGUCUUGGGUGGUCAGGCUUGUUUGCGUGCUGGCGAUGCUGGCGCACCUUGCAAUUCGGUCGACAAAUGCGUUCGCAGGUGCCGAUCAGCCCUAGCGCCAGCCAAGACUAUCCCGUCUUGCUUCGUUGAACGGUGACUGUAGCCAGGUCGGCGUUCAGCAUGUUGACUGGUGUCAACUGCUUAACAUCACCAAGAAAGUACGUCAACAAUCUGCAGCUAACGACACGUAUCGCUGGCAGGUGGUUGCAAAGUGUAAUACAGAUACGAAUCCGCAUGAUGCAGUUCGUGUCCGACUGAGCAAUGAAGUUGUGUUAUGUGACACCUCGCUUUUUAACAGCAGCUAUCCGCUUUCGCCGUACGGCCACCCGCCGAGACACACCUUCCGUGAACGCGGUGUUUAAUGACUGGACCACGCAGUAUGCAACUGGUCGUCAUUGACACCACAUGCACUCGAGGUGUCUCUAGUAUGUUUUCAGCAAGACCGUCCAUGCACGAUGUCAAUUCCGCAAUGCCCCUAGUCGUGCUCACCUUCAGGCCGCUCUAACCAGAAUUGCUUGUUUGCAGCUCGAUCGACAUUCUCCAAGGUCACAACGGACGGGAUCUCGGCAUCUCCAAUACCCGUAUAAUCUGUGGCAAGGCUGGACUCGCAAUACGGCCAGCUUAGAAAGUGUUGCUUGGUGAGCAGCAUUGAGACAACCAUUUUCGAUUACUGGGAUGCAACGAUUUUGCACACUUCUGUUAUUGCAGUGUUAUUGAUGAUGCCUAAGUUUGCGGUUAAGAUAAGCGAGCAUCGACACGAGUUCGAUCUGACGGCGGCGGAAUCCCGAGCACUUUUUCCAGGUCAUGCGCCUUUUUCAUCCAUCCUUGACGUAUCUUGAACUUGUCU